AUGAUGUGGCGCAUCGCCGUUGCGGAUGGCCUUAAGGCUUCAUUGGAUAAUGAAGAUGAGGUGAGUGCCAACACGCCGAGCAGCAGUGUUAGUAGAGAUAUCAUUGUGAAGACGACAUAUAUAAAUGCUUCAUUUGCAGGAACAUUCGAAAGAAACAAGGGUAACUCUUUCUCCGUGAAUAUCUUCAAUGACAGAGACAAUGAUGAUAUGCCAGCAGGUGAUGCCGCUCUAGGUUUGGCUAUAUCCAAUCUUGUUUUCCUGCAGUACCCCGACGCCGACCCCGGCAAACUCUCGUUGGUGCCAGCAGCCAACAUUAGCACCGAGAAGCUUGCCCGCGUCGCCGUCCACCACCAGUUUUAUAAGUAUGUUCGCCGUAACGCUGUUGUUCUUGACGAAAAGGCAAUUUUCUUUUCUUUCUCUGUUUUCUGUGAAGAAAUUUAA